GAAGCUCCACCUCAAAGUGGCUGCAACCACCCGGAAGUCAGUGCCGGGCGGGUAACGCGGUCGGAAGUGGUGCGAUGCCGACGGAGAAGGAAGAGGUGGUAAAGAAGGACUGGACUAUAUAAAACAAAAAGCUAUAACAGAAGGAGGUGGAAGAGACAAAAAUGAGAUGCAGUGGUACAUGGUGGUGUAUUGGCACGUCGCAGCGCUGAGUUUGUAGUUCGAGCCAGCAAGUCGAGAUCUUGAUCCAGAUGGACUGGGGCAAUGGUUGUUUUGCUGAGACUGCUGCUGCAAUACCUUUCUUGCUGCUGGGCUUCCAAACUUCGGAUCGUGGGCCAUUUACUUUUCUUCGAUUUUCAAUUCCUGCACAGUUUUGCUCAAUUCAUCAACUGUGCCUGGGCUCUCGGUUUUAUCGUGAAUGUUGGAGUCAAUUGAGCUGUUGUUGCUAUGAUACCCAGGAGAAUUACCAUCGGCAUUAUUCGCACUGCUGCAAUUGCUGCUGUAGCUACUAAUGUUAUUACUGUUAUUAUUGUUAUUAUUAUUAUUAUUAUU